UCGGCACAGAUAAGUGAUAGCCACUACGAUUGGUGUUAAUCAGGGUUCUUAAAGCAAUGACGAGAGGUAACCAGCUUCAAGUUGAUCUUCGUUCUGUUCCUGCCAUCGCACUGAUACCGAUGUCUGACAAGCUCCUCCAAGACCUACCGCUCCCUGUCGUUGACUUUGCAGGCUUUGGGGAUGGAACGUCCUCGGACGCCCUCGAGAUCGGAAAGAAAUUAUUGCAAGCAUGCCAGAACGUUGGUUUUGCGUAUCUCAUAAAUACAGGCAUUUCACAAGCUCAGGCGGACGACAUGUUGGCUUGGAGUCGGAAAUUCUUCUCUCUUCCUCCAGAUAUCAAACAACUUGCACCUCACCCCAAAGAGGGAUGGAAGCAUCGAGGCUAUAGCGGAAUAGGUGUUGAACAGUUGUCCCAGAUGGUUUUUGACUCGAACGAGCUUGCUGCGAUUCGCAAGAAUGCCCCAGACUUCAAGGAAUCUUUUGAUUUAGGGAGAACGGACAGCCCACAUCUCGAGAACAUCUGGCUUCCCGAGGAACUCCUACCUGGUUUCCGUGACGCCGCACUCUCAUUUUAUUACGCCUGCCAAUCGUUCCAAAUCGGGAAGCUGCUAAAGGCGCUCUCGUUGGGACUCGGAUUACCGGCAGACUUCCUUGGACAGUACCAUCGAGAUGGAGACAAUCAACUCAGGCUUCUACACUACCCAGCUGCACCUGCAGAGGUAUUCUCCCGUGGAGAGAAAGGAAGGGCGAAAGCACACACGGACUUUGGUACGGCUACGAUACUCUUUCAAGACAGCGAAAGUGGACUCGAGGUCGAAAGUCCCUCCGGCUCGGGUCAAUUUAUAGCCGUGCCUCCCAUUCCUGGCGCCAUGGUAUUUAACGUCGGCGAUCUAUUGAUGCGAUGGUCCAACGGUAUGUACAAUAAAGCUGCCAUCCAAAAGCUCUCCUCAAGCUUGUUGAAUCGCUCAGAUACGCUCAAGUCUACAUUACAUCGCGUCUCCGCACUAGCACCCCAGCACGGGACUGGUGUGGUCAAGGAGAGAUACUCGAUCCCAUUCUUCAUGGGCCCUGAUGUGAACGCCCUCGUCGAUUGCCUUCCGGGCUGCUCGAGCGAAGACCGACCAAAGAAAUAUGAACCCAUUACUGCCGCGGCAUAUAUUGAUAUGCGACUGAAUGCCAUCUUUGUAUAAUAAAAUGCUGAUGUCUGGAUAUGUAUGUAGCUUUUGUCUAAAGCCUCACCAAAUAAAAAAGUACCAGUGCUGUGGUGGAU